ACACGCUCCUCAUUCUCUCGCCGCACGGUGGUAGGCUGCACCACCACUAACCUCACGCCUCCAUUUUCAAUCCUCUAUGCAAUAACCCUUUUCCGUCUUCUAUUCAUAUGAAUUUAUUCUUUGAUUUUCCGCUCAAUUUUUUGUGCUUGACGUGAUUUAUCGCAGAAUGACCCUUUGCGUAAUCUCUUCAAAGUCUUUGAUUCCCACUAAAAAUCUCAGCUCCUUGUACUACUUCUGUUCUCUCAACAUCGAUUUCAGUUUGAAGGUGCGCUUGAUUUUCUUCUCUUCUCUCGCUCAACAUUUUCAUUGCUCUUCGGAGUUGAAUAGCCAUAGUUUUAAGCCUGCAGGGGACAUUGGCAGCAAUGGGAUUGUGACAAGAAGGGAUUGUACCAUUAAAUCCUCAUAUGGGCUUUAUCAAAAUCUAAUCUUGAAAACAGCAAUGGAAAAUCCGGGGGCGUUUAGAGAUAUUCAUUGGGUUGUUCCGGAUUAUUUUAAUGCUUUGGUAAUUGAUUCUGAUUUAUUUCUGAGUGUUGUAAAUUCAAUGAGAAACCGCCCCAGAAUGGUGUUAAAGAUAUUCCGGUGGGCCGAGGGCCAAAAUGGGUUUAAGCAUUCAGAGUUUGUAUUUUGUAGUGUUCUUGAAGUAUUGGUGCAGAAUGGUUUUAUGAGAUCUGCUUAUUGGGUUGUGGAGAGGGUUAUUAAUGUCAACAUGCAUAGCAUUGUUAACGUCUUGAUUGAUGGGUAUUUAAGCGUUGAGGUAACAUGUAAGGUACUUGAUUUGCUAUUAUGGUUGUACACUAAGAAAUCAGACGUUGAAAGGUGUUUAUGGGUAUUUGAUAAGAUGGUGAGGAAUGGCUUUUUGCCGAAUGUGAAGAAUUGUAACAGGAUUCUUAGGUUGCUUAGGGAUAGAGAUUUUGUUGGUAAAGCAAGGGAAGUAUAUGAAAUGAUGGGUCCUUUUGGGAUUAAACCAACAAUUGUUACGUACAAUACGAUGUUGGAUUCGUUUUGUAAGGAAGGGAAUGUGCAACAGGCGCUUGACUUAUUACUGGAGAUGCAGAGGAGGGGUUGCUGUCCAAACGAUGUUACCUUUAAUGUUUUGAUUAAUGGGUUGUCAAAAAAAGGUGAGUUUGAAGAAGCGAAAGAUUUAAUCGGGGACAUGGAAAAUAAAGGAUUGAAGGUUUCGGCUUAUGCAUAUAACUCUUUGAUAAGUGGGUAUUGUCGGAAAGGAAUGCUAGUUGAGGCACUAGGGCUUGGGGAAGAGAUGAUACUGAGAGGAGCUUUGCCUACUGUUUCUACAUAUAAUGCCUUUAUGCAUGGCUACUGCAAACAAGGGAGAGUGGGUUAUGCCAUGCAGUGGAUUCCUGUCAUGAUGAAGAAGAAUUUGGUGGUGGAUAUAAUAUCCUUCAAUAUUCUGAUAUAUGGCUACUGUCUAUUGGGUGAUAUUAGCGGGGCUCUCUAUUUGUUAUCUGAGCUUAGGAAAAGGAAUCUCAAUCCAACUGCAGUUACAUAUAAUACAAUCAUGGAUGGGCUCUCCAGACAUGGGGAUUUAGAAGGCGCUAGGCGGUUGAAAGACGAAAUGAUCAAUUAUGGAAUUUCUCCUGAUAUUUUCACCUAUACAAUUCUGAUAAAUUGUUCUUAUAGGACAGGGAACCUGUGGAUGGCAAAAAUGUUUUAUAAUGAGAUGCUGAGCAAAGGAUUGGAGCCUGACCGAAUUGCAUUCACUACUUGCAUAGCAGGAGAACUGAAGCUUGGUGACUCGUAUGCAGCAUUUAAACUGCAAGAAGAGAUGCUAGCAAAAGGAUUUCCACCGGAUGUCAUAACGUAUAAUGUGUUUGUGGAUGGCAUCUCUAAGUUGGGUGAUCUUGAACAAGCUUGUGAAUUGUUGCAGAAGAUGAUUCAGGAUGGAGUUGUGCCUGAUCAGGUUACCUAUACAAGCAUCAUCCACGCUCAUUUAGAAGUUGGGUACCUUAGAAAAGCCAGAGAGUUGUUUCAUGAGAUGCUGAGCAAAGGCUUAUCUCCAACAGUUGUGACAUACACUGUAUUGAUUCAUGCACAUGCUGGCAAAGGAAGGCUAGAAUUAGCAUUUAUAUAUUUCUCAGAAAUGCUGGAGAAUGGUAUUUUGCCAAAUGUGAUCACAUACAAUGCUUUGAUAAAUGGCCUUUGUAAAUUCCGAAAAAUGGAUGAGGCUUACAGAUUGUUUUCUGAGAUGCAAUCUAAAGGAAUAUCUCCAAACAAAUACACCUACACCAUAAUGAUAAAUGAGAACAGUGACCUUGGCAAUUGGCAGGAGGUUUUGAGGUUGUAUAAAGAAAUGCUAGAUAGAGGAAUCCAACCCGAUUCUUGCACGCAUAGUGCAAUGUUCAAACAUUUAAGAAAAGACUAUAAAUCAUUUGCAGUCCAAGAACUUGAGUGUAUAAUUCAGGAUGAUAGAGAUACAGCUGAAGCAAUUACUUGAAGCACGUUUCAACCUUGGUGAAUCAUGUGAGUUUCUGGUCGUUCAAUUUCGCUUUGUUCUCAAGGUUUUCAGUAGAAGCUCCAGGUUUGCACUUAAAUUCAUUGUGUUUGAAGUGGGUGCGAUAAUCAUGUUGCUCAGGGGACUACUGCACCUUGUGUUAGCAUUUACUUCACAGGCCACAUCUUUCUUGUCUGUUUCCAACGAGAGGAAAUUGAUAUGAAUGCCACCGGAAGACUGUUGGUGGUGCUCAAAGUUUUAGGGCCUGAUAUCCUCAGCGAUCAAAGGGUGCACAAAGCUGCAUCAAAAGUGUAGGCCAAAGCUCAGAUUUGCUCGUCUUUGGAACAUCUAAGGCGUUAAAUCAUCUGGCAGCUCUGCCCAUGAUGAUGUGGAAUAUGAAAGAAUUGAGAGAUCUUCAAGUCAUGGGAAGCGACCUGCAAAUCUCAGAGGGUGCUAUCUUACCAAAUUUCUUAACACUUCCACGUAUUAGCACUUGGAAUUUAACCAAAGAAGUUCGAAGAACAAUGCCAAUACAGAAGGAAUUAGGCAUUCAGAUCAAAUCAGCACUAGAUGCGGCUGAACCUCUAUGUUUGCUUUGACCAUCUUGGGAAGUGACCUGCCAGAUCCCUGUUCUCAGGGUGCUCCUUUACCAAUUCUCUUAAUGCUUUUAGGUAUUAGCGCUUAAGUUGAACGAAAGAAGGUCCUCGAAGAAUCCCAAUACUAAAGAAAUUUGGAAUUCAGAUUUGAAUUAGCAUUAUUAGAUGCUGGCUUACCCUUCAGUCAUAUUUCGCAUCUCCAUGGACUUUCAAGUCACUCAAAAGUAAUUAUGAAUCUGAACCUCCACUCCGAGGUGGUUGUCCCAGUUCGAUCUCCUGUUCUAAAUUUC